UUGUCAGUCUGGUGAAGUUUAUAUGGCUCUCGUGACAGAAUGAUGUUUUAGAUACAUAAAAUAUAUAGGACUAAAAGAAAGUCAAUUAUAUUAGGGUAGUUGGGAAAAUAUUUCUUAAAAAAUAAUUUCAUGGACCUCAGAACUCUUAUAUUCCUCUGGUUUAUGUUACUCCUCUUCUAGAGACAUCUGUAUCUAUUUCUAUAAUAGCAUUAUCUGGAAUUCACUUGCAUUGAUGCUUCAGAGUUUCUCUUCUUGAUUUUAUUAGCAUGAUUAUACAUUUUCAACAGGUGUUCCUGGACUGAAAUAUCUCCUGUGGGUGAAAUAACCCUGUGUGGAGUUACGGCUUAUGUCGAGUGUGCAGGUCUUGCCUGCAUGGAAGCAGGUGGAAAAGAAUGGAUGUUCUGGUUAUUAUGAUCAUUAUACUGUCAUUAAUAACCACAGGCUGAAAUCUCCUGUCACUGCAAUGGUCCCCUGGUGACUGUCCUAUAUCCAGCUGCUCAGGUAGACUUGCCAGAUGUCAGGAAUUUGCCCUGACAGUUCUAAUUUCAGUAAAGGCAGCUUUAGGCAGAAGCCACAUAGGCAGCUGCAUCUAGACCCUCUGCUAUGGAUAAAGGAGGAAAAGAACUAACAUUAAGUAUCUAUUAUGUGCCAAGCACUGUGCUAAGGAGUUUUUACAAAUAUUUCAUUUGAAUAAGGGGGAAUGAUUUAGGAUCUUUUUACUCUUUCCCAUUGUGAUCCUAACUAACUAGAUCUGGUUGUGUCUUAGAACUUGGUUUUGGUAUUCAUGUUUCUGACUUUACUUCAGUGGCACAGUCAAAUGCAUCUGAAUGCCAGCAGUAUCAAACAAUGGUUAUUGUUAGUACAACAAAAAUAACAAAAUAGUAAUACUAAAUACUUAAAUAGAGAGAAGUAUUUAAUCUAGUGAUUGGGAAUCAGAAAAUAUUGAUAUAGACAUAUACUGAACUACUCAUAUUCAGGAAUAGUGAACUAUCCAUACAUACAUGUGUCUUUAUGUUAUUAAUGUUGUCAUCACUUCCUGCUUCAUUUACCCAAUGGAGGAUGCCAUGCAAUUAUGAGUUCUGCAGAACCCACCACAUUUUCUGUGCCCCAAUUUCAGGGUUCAUAGUAUCGUAGGCCUAGAAAUAGAAGGACACACAUUUUAGUCAAAUUCCCUUAUAUGAGGAAACUGAGGUCCAAAGAAAUUAAAGAAUAAUUUAAGUAAGCUGCAAAUGUAAAAUUUAAAACAGAUCCUCCAGAACCAGUGCUGUUUUUACUGUACUGCAAUGUUUAAGCACACUUGCUCCUGUGUUCUCUGAAUUUCUACUCUUUAUUUUGGUGAGGAAAUUGGGGCUAAGUGACUUGCUCAGUCACACAACUAGGACGUUUUAAGUGUCUGAGGCUGGAUUUGAAUUUAGGCCUUCUUGACUGGAAGGCCAGUGCUCUUCCCACUGUACCACUUAGCUACCCCUGAAUUUCUGUUCUAACCUCAAAACAUGAAACAAGCUCUAACAAGGAAGUUGGAGUAGAAGAAGAUUUCUUGUCCCCAAGGGAUUUUCUGUUGGGUUUCAGAAACUGUAGUACUAUGAAAGUAGGGUAUUGCUAAGGUUUUGUUGUUUCAGUCUUGUCCAACUUUUCAUGAUCCCAUUUUGGGGCAAAGAUACUAGAGUGGUUUGCCAUUUCUUUCUAUUUUAAAAAUGAGGAAACUGAAACAAAAAGACCUAAGUGACUUGCCGAGGGUCACAUGGCGAAUGUGUCUAAGGUCAGAUAUGAACUAGUGAAACUGUGUUUUACCGAUUCUAGGCCUAGAACUCUAUCCUCUGUGCCAUCUAGCUUCCCCCACAUUCCUAAUUGUUAAUUCCAAAAUAAGAUGCUAAGUUGGAGAGCCCUUUGCAUAUAAUUUUCCUGUUGUCCACUUAAUGUCAAUUCAUAUAAAUUUUAUUUUUUGUUGCAUUCUUGAAAGCUCCCUAUCAUGUCAAGUUGACUUAGCUAUUCUCUUUGAAGUCUACUUGUUCCCAGGCUUUAUAUAUUUUAUAUACUUUCACCAGAGGCUGAGGAAGGUUUACUGGCAUAAAUUAGGAAAGAAAGGAAUGACAAGUCUAACAAGAAAACAACAGAAAAACUAAUAUAUCAACAGGAGGAUUAGUUUGGGACCAUCAGCUAAUGAGGAUGAUGAUGCAAAGACUAAAUGAACACAAUUCAUUUCAAUAUUUAUUGCCUACUUUGUUUAGAGCCCCCUUAGACACUGAAGGAGAGCAUAAGCUUAUUAAGGGCAGGGAAUAUUUUUUAUUUUGAAAUAAAUUUUAUUGCUGCCUUUUGUUUUUAUAUCAAAACAUAGGAUUAUAAUAGCCCCAAUUCUCCCCUACCAUGGAACCCUCCCUUUUAACCAAAAAAAAAAUUUUUUUUUUAUUAAGGCUUUUUGUUUUUCAAAACAUAUGCAUGGAAAAUUCUUUAACAUUAGCCCUUACAAAACCUUGUAUUCCAAUUUUCCCUACCUUCCCCCAUGCCCUCCCUUAGAUGGCAAGUAGUCCAAUACAUGUUAAACAUGGUAGAAAUAUGUUAAAUCCAAUAUAUGCACACAUUUAUGCAAUUAUUGUGCUGCACAAGAAAAAUCAAAUCAAACCAGUAAAAAAAAAAAAAAGGAAAAGGCAGAAUAAAAUGCAAGCAAGCAACAACAAAAAGAGUGAAACUGCUAAUAACAAAAAAUUUAAAGCAAAAACAAGUAUCAUGGUGAAGUGGAAAGAAGGUUGGAUUUGGAAUUAGAGCAUCUGGGUCUAAAUCAUGACCAUAUACCAUGUACAAUUAUAUGACCAUAGUCAGUUGCUCAGUUGUUUAAAACAAAUGGGUUAUACUGGAUGACUUCUAAGGUCUCUUCUAGGUCUAAAUAUAUGAUCUUCUGAACUGAUGUAAUGAUCCUGUCUGACUUCCUUAUGCUGUAGUCUCUCACUUUUUUUAUUUUUAUUUUUUUGGUGAGGAAGGAGGUGUAUUUCUUUAACUGUUUAUUGGGAACAAGAUUGAUCAUUACAGUUACUGGCAGCUUGGCUCCCAUUCAGUACUCUUCAUUUUCAUUAUUGAUGAUGAUUCUUCUUAUUAAUGUCUACACAAAAGGCCAAUCUUCUCAUAUUUCUCUGAAUUCCUUAUAUUCAUCAAAUUUCUUGCUGGACUAUUUGGCUUUUAUCUUUGUAUUCCUAGAAACCUGCGUGAGUCUUUGCACAUUGCUGGAGCUUAAUAAAAUGUAUGUUGAAUGAAAUAAUUUAAAUGAGACAUUAUUCUCACAAUCUAGCAUUAGUGCUAGACUUUUAAGUAGGAAAAUCUAAUAUCCCAUAUUUAAAGCUCUAUUCAGAAUAGUGCUAGGCUCAUGAGACUGAAGAUUAAGAGCUAGAAAGGUCAUCUCUUUUACACCCCUUCCAUAUUACAGAUAAGUGAAACCUUAUUUAAGAUCAUAUGAAAAAUAGAAGAGCUGAAAUUUGAACCCUGGUUCUCACACUACAAAUAUGACCCUCUUUCUCCUGAAUCACAUAGCUUAUGGAAAAGGUAUUCAAUGGCUUAAGUAAACUACUUUAUUUUCUACUCAAAUAAACUUUUAACUCCACUCCAAUUACCUAUUUUCACCAUCUUCUCUUAUGUUCCCAAAGAGCCAUAUGUGAGCACAUGUGUCCUAUGACUUUUACUGGUUGGAUAUAUAUUUUUCAUUAUUUAUAUUUAAUGAUGUAACUAGGAAUUUCUGGGUCAAGAAUUUGAUUUCUAAAUUAUUCUAGACUCAGAACCAGAGAUAGGAUGAUAUGUUGAUAGGACUGGUGGCACCCUUCCUAUAUCCUUAGUAUGGCAAUUUUUAAAGAGUAGGAUUUAUAUUAUCAGAGAAGAUGACUAGAUUGUGUCAUGAAUAAAAGUAUGGAGGCAAAUGAACAGGAGGAAAAUAAAUUGAAAUGCCUUUGGGAAGCUCCUUGUUGACCCCAAAAGACUCCUCCUAUAUUUUGUAGAUAACAUUCCUUGACUGAUUUUGCAAUCCUUAAAGCACUUUAUACACAUAAGCUUUAUUUAUCUAUAAGAUAUAUAGCUUUGAAUCACUGUGUUCUAUUAGUUAAAGCUGUGGUAAACCCCAAAGGCAAUGUAAAGAUGCCUAACACACAUGAACUGGAUGCAACAUGGUACAGAAGAAUCCUGGACACAAUGCCUAGGAGAACUGGGGUAAAAGGUACCUCAGAAAGAUGUUUGGCUUGAAGAAAACAGGGCUCAUCAGGAAGCAAAGUGAUAUGACUGAAAAACAACCCAAUUUUUUUUAAAACUACUAUUCACUUAAUGUCAAUAAACGUAACAAAAGUCUCAAACACAUAGGGUAGACUCCUUUUGGAGGACCUAUCCUCUAUGGACAAAUGUAUAGCAAGGAGUAGGCAUGAAUAGCUUUCAAUCUUCAUUUUUGGAAAGAAUAAAAGCAUGGAUGAAAUUAUAAUCAAUCAACUAAUUAGUAUUUGCUAAGCAUCUGCCAAUUAUCAUGUUAGUCUCUAGGGAUAUAAAGAUAAAAAAACCAUCCCUAUUCUCAAAAAUCUUAUAUGCUAUGAGGGGAGAAUAUAGAUAGAUAAAUAGAUAUAAAGGGAAUACAUUAAAAAUUUUAUUUUUUCUGCCUUAAACUCAAAAUAAAAUGAGCAUUUUCAUAUACAAAGUGGAAAAGAUUAUACAUGAAGCUAUAAAUUUAUUAUAUAACAAUUUGUUUUAAAGUAUAUUAUUAAAUCAACAUGUAACUUCAAAGUUCUCUUGCUUAAGCUAUCUUCUAGCCUUCCUUAUUUUUUCUUCUGUGCAUUAAUCAUUUCCCAAUUAUUUAGGUUUGUUUAUAUUUCUGUAUUUUGUAACGGAAUACUUAAUGUUCUUGUGUAUGUCAUGGUAGGUAAACUUUCAAAUACUUUAUGUGAUUUGUAGUAAUUUUAAGUAUUUUUCUUUUUCUCUUCUUGCUGAGUUUUGUUUGUGAUAUACAGAAAUGCUGAUAAUACAUAUAGGUUUAUUUUAUAUUCUAUAACUUUGCUGAAGUUACUGUUUCACUUAAUUUUUAGUUGACCUUUAGAGACCAUUAUAUAAUAUGCAAAAGGUGAUUGUUUUGUUUCUACUUUACCUAUUCAUAUUCCCUCAAUUUUUCUUUCAAUAGUUAGAAUUUUUAGCACUGUAAACAAUAGCAGUAAUAAUGGACGUUCUUGAUUUACUGCUGAUCUUACUGGAAAUGACCUCGUAUUUGUUUUAUUUUUCUCUCUUCAUUGGGGAGUAGGAGAGAAUUAAGAAGAGAAAAUAAAAUAAAAUUGAAUUUUAAAAGGUGACCUUAGCUCUUCAUUAUUAUUUGUAAUGCUGGUUCUUGGCUUUAUAUAGUUGAUAUUUACCAAAUUUAGGAAAGAUCCAUUUAUUUCUAUACUUCUUAGUGUUGCUUUUGGGGGCUUCUACUGAUGUAACGGCAUGCAUUUUUUAAAAAUUUACAAAUGAGCUCCAUAGUCCUGACACAAAUACAUCCUGGUCAUAGUACAUCAUUUAAGAAAUAUGGUAUUAUAGACUCUUUACUAAUAUUUUACUUAAUUUUUUUUGAAUCAAUAUUCAUUUGGGAACAUUUAGAAUUGUAUUCUUUACCUGGUUUGUUUCUCUUUGGCUUAAGUACCAAGGCUAUUUACAUAUAUAUACACACACCCAUAUAUUUGAAUGUUUGGCAGAAUUCCUUCUUUUUCUUAUUCUUGCAGUUUAUUCAAGAUUGGAAUGAAUUGUUCUUUGAAUAUUUGAUAGAUUUCAUUUUUAAAUUCAUCUGGUCCUAGGACUUUCUUGGAGUUUUUAUGCUUUAUUCAAUUUUCUAAUACUGAAUUAUUUAAAUAAUCUCUUGUUCUAUUCUGUAUGUAUUUUAUAUUUUAGUAAAUAAUUAUCCAUUUCAUUCAAUUAUAUAUCCAUUUAUGUUGGUAUAUAACAGUAUAAGGUUUCAGAAAGCUUUCUUCUUUUCAUCAAUUGUAAAUUUUCCUCAUUUUGAUACCAAUAAUUAGAUUUUCCUUUCUCUUUUUAUCAGGCUAGCUUACUGUUUGUUCAUUAGUUUAAAACCUCUUUUUAAAAUUAAUUCAGGGUGUUUUUUUUUUUUUUUUUUGCUUUCAAAUUUGCAAAUCUCUUUAUUUGAUUUUCAGAAUUCCUAAUUUAGUGCUUAUUUGUUUUUUUCUGAUUUGUUGCUUUUCUUGUUUUUUUAAUUGCAUGCUCAUUCAUUCACUCAGCUGUUCUUUCCCCUGAUGAAAGUAUUGACAAAUAUGAAUGUGGCCCUAAAAAAUGCUUUAGCUACAUCCCAAAACUCUUGGUAUAUCAAUCAACUACACAUUCAUUAAGGGCCUACUAAGCACCAGGCACUGUCUCAUUGCUGUAAUUAUGUUGGAUGAGAUUUUCCAUUUGUUUCUAUGAUUAGUUCUUUGCCUCACCAGGAAUAGGGUAUAAAUUGAAUACAAAGCAAUUUUGGGAGGGAGGAUAGGGGAAUCCAGAAAGGCCUCGAGCAGCAAAACAUGAGGUCCAAAGCAUCAAGGAAUGAUUAAAUUUGGAUUAAGGAGAUGUAAACCCAGCCCAGAGGAUUGAGAAUUAGCCUCUGAAUCAGGAAGACCUCGGUUUCUUAAGUCCCACCCCUGACGCCUACAGUUUACUUUAGAUAAAACCACUCCGGGUCGCAGGAAACGCUCUUUUAAGAAACAAAAUUGCGGGUCCGCGGCUGACAUGCCGUGGCUCUCAACCACCAGAAAUCGCAAUUCCUUACCCGGGCCUUAAGAGAAAAAAAAAUCUCUUAACUAGCCCUACAUUUUAUGCUGCUGAUUGAGGUUGUUCUGCCAUAUAAUAGACUUAGAUCUGGAAUUCAAACCCUUUCUAUUACAGAAGAAGCAGCAAGGUGAAAUGAUUACGCUCAAGCUCAAACCCAUACAGCUGGUAAGUAGUGAGUGGAGGCAGAAUUUGAACCCAGAUCUGGGCUUUUGCUACGGUAGUUCGCUAAUGGAGCUGCUUCAAACGGAACGAUCAUUCUACCAAGAGGUCUGAGAGAGCUUGGUUAGUUUGUGUCCGCGGGUCAAUCGCUAGACUACGGGAGGGCGGGAACGAUCGCCUCUCGGCCCACCCGGGACUCUGGGGUGCGCGCGGGACGGGACGAAGAGGAGAAGCUCACGAGCAGCUAUCCCGGCCCGGGCCUAGGCGCCUGGCCGAUCGGAGGUGGAAGGAGACGCCGCCUAGUUUGACCCUAUCCACGUUCCGUAUCUCCCUCUGAGCCGGCGGCGGGAACAUGGCCGCCGCCGCCGCCGCCACCCCCGUCACCCCCUUAGUAACAGAGAAAGUUUUCCAACAAUCUGGCCUCUGUUAGUUCCUCUCCCGCCCCGGGCCCGGUCCGCCCGCCUUCUGCGGCGUCCCCCGAACGCCGAGACGUCCAGGCCCCAGAGAGUGGCAGAGCCGGCCCCAGCAGAGCCAGGUCUUCAAAUAAGAUUUCAUCUGAGGAAAUGGCGAAGUAGGAGCUUGCAGAUGUCCUGGAUUUUCUGGAUGCAGUACAAACAAUUUUUAUAGUGUGGAGAAAGCUUUAAUUGCCAUUUUACAUGUGUAGAUCACUGCGUUACUGUAUUAGUCAUUGUCUAUAUAUGGCAAUGACAAGACUGGAAGAAGUGAAUAGAGAAGUGAAUAUGCACUCUUCAGUUCGAUAUCUUGGCUACUUAGCCAGAAUCAAUUUAUUGGUAGCAAUAUGCCUAGGUCUUUAUGUAAGAUGGGAAAAGACAGCAGAUUCCCUGAUUCUGGUCAUCUUUAUACUUGGCCUUUUUGUUCUUGGAAUUGCCAGCAUUCUCUAUUAUUAUUUUUCAAUGGAAGCAGCAAGUUUAAGCCUCUCCAACCUUUGGUUUGGAUUCUUGCUUGGUCUUCUUUGUUUCCUAGAUAAUACACCUUUUAAAAAAGAUGUGAAAGAAGAAGUGACUAAGUAUUUGCUUCUGACUUCCAUAGUACUGAGGAUAUUAUGUGCUUUAGUGGAGAGAAUUUGUGGUUGUAUCCGUCAUCGACCCACUUUACUUACCACAGUUGAAUUCCUUGAGCUGGUUGGAUUUGCCAUUGCUAGUACCACUAUGCUGGUGGAGAAGUCUAUGAGUGUCAUCUUGCUUGUUGUAGGUUUGGCGAUGCUGAUUAUUGACCUAAGAAUGAAGUCAUUCUUAGCAAUUCCAAAUUUAGUGAUUUUUGGUGUCUUACUGUUUUUUUCUUCAUUAGAAACACCUCGGAAUCCAGUUGCCUUUGCAUGUUUUUUUAUCUGUCUAAUUACUGAUCCAUUCCUUGACAUCUAUUUUAGUGGACUUUCAGUUACUGAAAGAUGGAAACCCUACUUGUAUCGUGGAAGAAUUUGUAGAAGAUUUUCUGUCAUUUCCAUUGGCUUGAUUGAGCUUACUUUUUUUAUUCUUUCAGCAUUUAAGCUUGGAAACUCUUAUCUCUGGUACUUUGUAAUACCAGGGUUUUCCAUUUUUGGAAUUUUCUGGAUAAUUUGUCAUAUUAUUUUUCUUAUAACUCUUUGGGGGUUCCAUACCAAAUUAAAUGACUGUCAUAAAGUCUAUUAUACUCACAGGGCAGAUAAUAAUAGCCUUGAUAGAGUAAUGGCAUCUAAAGGAAUGCGACAUUUUUGCUUAAUUUCAGAGCAACUAGUUUUCUUUAGUCUUCUUGCAACAGCAAUUUUGGGUGCAGUAUCCUGGCAGCCAACAAAUGGAAUCUUCUUGAGCAUGUUUCUUAUUGUUUUACCAUUGGAAUCCAUGGCUCAUGGGCUCUUUCAUGAACUGGGUAAUUGUUUAGGAGGAACAUGUGUUGGAUAUGCAGUUGUAAUUCCAACCAACUUCUGCAGUCCUGAUGGUCAACCAACACUUCUUCCUCCAGAUCAUGUUCAGGAGUUGAAUUUGAGGUCUACUGGCAUGCUUAAUGCUAUUCAACGUUUUUUUGCAUAUCACAUGAUUGAAACAUAUGGCUGUGACUAUUCCACAAGUGGAUUUUCUUUGGAUACUCUGCAUUCCAAGCUCAAAGCUUUCCUUGAACUUCGGACUACAGAUGGACCCAGACAUGACACUUAUGUUUUAUAUUACAGUGGUCACACUCAUGGUACAGGAGAAUGGGCUCUGGCAGGUGGAGACACAUUGCAACUUGACACACUUUUGGAAUGGUGGAGAGAAAAGAAUGGUUCUUUCUGUUCCCGACUUAUUAUUGUACUAGAUAGUGAGAACUCAAUCCCGUGGGUUAAAGAAGUGAGGAAAAUUAAUGAUCAAUAUAUUGCAGUGCAGGGAGCCGAGAUGACCAAGAUAGUGGACCUUGAAGAAGCUGACCCUGCACAGCUUGGUGACUUUACAAGAGACUGGGUAGAAUACAACUGUAAUGCUAACAGCAACAUCAACUGGGCCGAAAAGGGGCGUGCUGUGAAAGCAGUAUAUGGUGUAUCCAAAAGAUGGAGUGACUAUACUUUGCAUUUGCCAACAGGAAGUGAUGUUGCCAAGCACUGGAUGUUAUACUUUCCUCGUGUUACAUACCCUCUAGUGCAUUUGGCAAACUGGCUUUGUGGCCUAAACCUUUUCUGGAUCUGCAAAGCUUGUUUUAGGUGCUUGAAAAGGUUAAAAAUGAGGUGGUUUCUUCCUGCUGUGCUGGACACAGGACAAGGCUUCAAACUUGUCAAAUCAUAAUUAGGAACCAAAGAUGGAACAUGACAGAGUCUUUUACUAUCAAAAAUGACUAACCUGCCACUUUUUAUAUACUAUUUUUUGUGUGUGAAAGUUUCUUGCUACUUUAUAGUUGCACUGUUUUCUUAAGCAAUUGCCAGUAUAUGCAAAGGGUUGGAAACUCUGUUAUUUUAAACUAAAAAGUGUGUGUUUGGUGAAUAACAUUUGUAACCAAAUUUCUCUGUAAGUGUAUAAGAUCUAAUGUGACUGUACAAUUUGAAAAAAGGUUGCAAGUUCACAUAUAUUGGGGAGAGGGAGGAAGACUGCUCUGAAAUAAUCAUCCAAGAACAAAAAUGCCUUAUUUUCUAGGAGGAAACUAGAGCAUGCAUGUACAACAAACUUCCUUGGCUACUAUUAUGGGGGGAAAAACUGGCUGUAAAAAAAUCUCUUGCUCUGAAUAGUAUUAAAGACUGAGUUAAGACCAUUAGAAAGUCCCCAUGCCUAUUGUAAAUAGAAAAGAUCCUUCCUAUAAUGAAUUUUUUAUAGUACAAAUAUGCAAAGCAUGCAGGCCAGUGCCUUGAGAUGCCUUUGCUGUGACCAUUAAGAGAGCAUAGAAUGCAAAAUUAGUCAGAUUAGCUGUAAUCCAUUUAGGUAUGAUAGGCUAAAGGCGAAAUAGAAAUUAUUUUUGCAUGCAUUGUUGGUAGCACCUGAAUCAAAAGACUGGACAAAUUUAUAGUCUUAUCUCAGGGUCAUUUCACAUUUUCUUAAUGACAGAAAAUGUUAAAUGCACAAACCUUCCAAACAAACUCAAUCUCUUCUUGCAAGGAAUUGUCUUACUUAAGUCAGAAUAUAUUAAGCAAAAAAAAAAAAAAAGUAUUCUGGCUCCUCAGUGCUCAUGUUCUUCCAUAAAAUUUAUUAUUUUUCACCACAUAAAAAUUAAUAUUGUUUAGUUUAGGCUGGUAAGUUUUCUAUUGACACACACGUGAUAUGUUAAAGUAUUACUUAAUAUUAACAGUUUUGUCAAAAUGUGAUAACUUAAGAAAUUUUUAACCACAAUAUUUUCUAUAUUUAAACAAUAGUCUGUGAUCAGUGUAUUCCCUGAGGGAUGGUUCACUCCCUACUUUUACUCAUAAUUUCUCAAAUUUUAAAUUUCUAUUUUUGAGAAAGGAAUAGGAUUAAAUUUAGGGGUUUGUUAGCACUUCUCUAUUUAAGUUACUUUAGCUUUUCAAAAUUAAGCCAUUUUCCCCAAUUUGAUAGAUAAUUGAAACUUUACCUUACAUCUACCUCUUUCUACAUGUAAAAAUUGAGGAUCUAGUUACUAAUAGAUAAGUUGCUAAAAGAUCAUGAAUAAGUGCAUCCUCAUUAUUCAUAACACAUUGUUCUAGUCUACUAAAUUCUGGUUUAUAUAACAUAAUAGUGAAUCUGCCCAGCAUUUUAAAUAAUGUGUGGUGACAUAAAACAUAUAAAAUAAUUUAUUUUGCUAAUAAUUUAGUGAAUCUGAAAGGCAAGAAAAACUUUAUAGGCAUUAAAAGCCUAUGGUGGAGCAUCUCAUCAGUGCAGUGGUUAGAGCAGCAACCUUGGAGGCAGGAAGAUCAGAGUUCAAAUCUGGUCUCAGACAUUUGACACUUAUUAGAUGUGUGACCAUGGGCAAGUCAUUUAACCCUGAUUGCCUGGCAAAAAAAGAAAGAAAAAUCCUAUAGUUCCAAAAAAGAGUUUAAUUAAUAAAAACUUAUUUUUUCCAAAUUCAUUAGGACAUCAUUUUUCUUCAAAUUUCCUAGAAGCUUCACUGGCACAUCUUUUUUUUUUUUUUUUUUUUUUGAGAUAAACAUUAAGAAAAAGAGUCCUGAAAAAGAAAUGUGGAAAAAAAGAAAAUGUUUAGGACUACAAAGCUUUAUAGUUAUUUUUGAUACAUGUUCCCUUUUACCGAUUUCUGAUAGGAUAGGCAUUGUCUUUGGAGGGAAAAUGGGGCCAAGAAAGAACUUUUGGGAAAAUGGGGCUUGAGCUGUGUGUAAAUGCUUAAAAAUUAAUGAAUUUUGAGAGCUAUUCCCACUAACGGAAAAGUAAAAAUGACCAUGUUAAAGCCAGUUAGCUUGGAAUUUGUGAAAGCUUUUCUGAAGUUACUAUCCUAGAUGCCAAUGAACUCUGCACAUGAUUCAUUAAAUGCCAGUAGCUAGAUUGGGAGUUUUAGUUGAUAAAACAUUCCAUUUUUCCUAUUUGAAAUUUUAUAUGGCUUAACUAUAAAGUAAUGAAACUUAUUUUCACAGUUGUGUGAUGGAGAAUAUGUGGAAUAGUUUUCAUCAGUCUCAGUAUUUCUUUGGUUAUACCACAUAUUUAGAAAGGAAUUAUUUGUAAUAAGAGGCAUGAAAUUCAAUCAUUUUUUCACAUAUGCACCUCCCUUCCCAAUGGAUAAUUUGGAUGUAUUUAUUUGAUAGAAAAUGAAUUUGGCUUCAUUUGUUUCCUCGAAGUUUGUGCCUUUCUAAAACCAUAAACGUAUUUCU